AUGGCUCGUUCAAGAGGUCGUUCUUCCAGACCAGUAGUUCAAUCCCGUUCUGCUCAUACUAUGGCUGCUCCAACUCAUUCAGCUUCUACCCCAGUUUCAACUCCAGCUCCAACUAGUACCCAGUACUCUCAACCAGCUGCUGUUUCACAACCAAAACAACCAGGCAUGUUUGCCCAAAUGGCCAGCACUGCUGCAGGUGUUGCUGUUGGGAGUGCCGUUGGACAUACCAUUGGUGCUGGUUUAACUGGUCUGUUUUCAGGAUCUGGGUCUUCUGAUGCUGCUGCUGCUGCUCAACAGGAGCAAGUUGCAGCUGCUCCUGCUCAGCAACAACAAUUAGACCAACAAGUUGCUAGAAGCUGUGAUGUCGAUGCAAGAAACUUUACUCGUUGUUUAGAAGACAACCAAGGUAACAUGCAGAUUUGUGAUUAUUAUUUACAGCAGUUGAAAGCCUGUCAAGAAGCUGCUCGCCAAUACUGA